CAGCUUGCUUCCAUCAAGAUUCACCUGAAUGAUAGACUAGAAAACAGGCUAGCUACCCAAUGUGGAAUUGUUUGUCGCAAACUGAAGAAAAUGAAAGGGGGGAAACAGAAAAUCAAAUGCGAGAAAGACAUACACCAUGGCCGUGUUUGAAAGGAGAGUUAGAGAAAUGCUCUGAAAUGAAUAAUGAUGAACGUGUGUCACAAUUUGACUCGAACAGAGUGGAAGUGGAAGCUCAGUGUGAGGAAAUAUGGUGCUCCUUAGCUGAAGACUCUGUAAAUACCCCAGUGGAUAGUGAUAGUCUUACCCAGCAACAGUCUAGACGACGACUCACACAUAUUCGGGAGAAGUCUGAGAAAACACUGAAGUUUUUGAAAGAAUACGGGUUAACACCCAAACGGCUAACACUGUCAAAUGGUAAUGUUGUGGAUAUUACCAUUUCAUAUGGCAUAAGUAGCUACUCAAAGCUACCAGAAGCUGAGAAGGAGACGCUUCGCUCCUUAGUUGUUUUGCUGGACAGGUUUGUAGUGAGGUCUUCAGCAUAUCACGAAAUUACUCAACUGUUUCCAACACUUCCACGAACUCAUUCGGUUAUUAGCAUGAAGAAUGACAUGACAUCUACUACAGAAGUGAAGCGAGUUCCAGGUAAUGUGCCAGAGGCCAUGCUAAGCUUCAGGCAUGAACUGCAGAAGAAGGUUGCACAGAAGCUAAAAUGCGAUCCUGAUCUGAAGCGCGUCAAGGUCCAGCUGACAGGCGAUGGCACCCAAGUGAGCAGGAUAACAAACUUUGUUGUUGUAUCGUUUCCAGCUGGUGGGCAGUGAAGAGACGAUAGCCUCGUUAACUCUGAGCACAUUAGCUAUCGUGAACUGUAAAGAGCA